CAACGUCGCAUUUCCUAUUUCUGAGAAAAAUGUCAAAAUAACAAUUUUGUAAUCGUAACUUUUUCAUUGAUUGAAAAGGUAAUCGUUUAUUUUUAACUCUUAGUUUUAAAGUUAUUGAUAUAUUGAUAAGCAUUUGAGAAAUGUCUGCAACUACUGAACUCUCAUACCCCGACAUCGACGAGAAUUAUAUAUCGGAUGUCAACUUUAAAGUGGAUAUAGGCCAGCGCAUGAAAGUCCCAAAUAAAAUAAGUUUUAAUCCCGAUGCUCCUACAAACGGCGUAACAACAAAUCCCUGGGGUUCCGAACUCGAAGUUCUUAAUAUGCAAGUGCCAGACCGCAUAUUAGUAGUGGGCCAAGAUCAACACAUUGGUACGCGAGCCCCUCCUCGAGAAAUCGUAUAUGAUAACUCCAUACUUCCUAAGGAUCCGUAUCCCGGCGAUGUAAGAGUGGGAACUCCUCCUAGAAUGUUAACUUUAGAUAAGUACCAAUUUCCUGGAGUAAAUGAUACUGAGCCAAAGGCAGCGGAAAUACCAAAUAAGCAUGUUAAAAGUAAGACGCAAGUUCUCUCUGAAUUGCGUGGCGAAGAGUUAGUUCCCCAUCGGGAAUCGACUCCUCCAUUAAACAUUAGCUUGGAUCCUAUGUCGACAACUGACGAAAUAUUGCAUCUCCGUCGACAAAUGGCCAAGUUGAACAGACGAGUUAUGGCAUUAGAAUUAGAAAAUUUGAGCCGAUUGCAAAAGGAAAAGAUUUUUUACGGAAUCGGUAUUGCAUAUUUCCUGUUAAAAACGUUGAUAUGGUUAAACAGAUCGUAUUAAUAGAUGUUCUCAUUAUAAAUUUUGACUGACUUGUGAGUAGUGAACUUGUUGACACAGUUUCGCAUUUUGUUGUCAGCAUUCCACGUUAGAUAUAGUAAAUAAGUUAAUUGCGUUUAUUUUGUAUCGCUUCUUUAGUUAUUGCAUAAUUGUUUUUAUAUCUACAAGGUACAAUUAACAAGAGUAUUCCUAAAUUAUAAAAACUGCGAAAUACGUAAAACUCAUUGUGUUGGGAUUGUUACAAUAAAAACUAUUGAAAUUUGUA